AUGAUUAUUCUUCUAGACAAUGGCCAACAAUCAUUAACUUCUAAUGGAAAGAAGUCUACUCGACCAGAUGUACCACGUUUACCACGUGAACUUACGCCAUUUGCUGCAUUUUUAAAUGCUGUUGAAUUGGAUCAACGUGGUCCAUUAUUUCAAGGACCAGGUGCUAAACGAGAUACUGGACGUUAUAAAGUUCGAUCAUCAGAUGAUGAUAAUGUAAAACGUGCAAAAAAAUUUGCUAUGGAACAAAGUGUUAAAUAUGUUCUUGUUAGACAACAACAACAACAACAACGUGCACAAUUAGAUAUAAUUAAAAAACAACAAGCACUUUUAUUAAUGUGUCGAAUUUAUAUUGGAAGUAUUAAUUUUGAAUUAAAUGAAGCUAUGCUUAAAACAGCAUUCUCACCAUUUGGACCAGUGAAAGCAGUUUCAUUAACAUUUGAUCCAGUUACAAAUCGUCAUAAAGGUUUUGCUUUUCUUGAAUAUGAAACACCUGAAGCAGCACAAUUAUCUAUUGAUCAAAUGAAUGGAGUUAUUUUAGGUGGAAGAAAUAUCAAAGUUGGUAGACCAUCUAAUAUGCCUCAAGCACAACCAAUUAUUGAUCAAUUAACAGAAGAAGCAAAAAAUUAUAAUCGAAUUUAUGUUGCUUCUAUUCAUCCAGAUUUAACUGAAGUAGAUAUUCAAAGUGUAUUUGAAGCUUUUGGAAAAAUAAAAAGUUCUUCGUUAUCAAAAGAUACAGCAACAGGAAAACAUAAAGGUUAUGGUUUCAUUGAAUAUGAUACUGCUCAAGCAUCACAAGAUGCAAUUAACUCAAUGAAUUUAUUUGAUCUUGGUGGACAAUUUCUUCGGGUCGGAAGAGCAAUAACACCACCUGAAGGUUUAUUUGCUUCAGCUCAGCCAGUAGCAAGUCAAAUGCCAUCAGCUUCAGCAUUAGCUGCUGCUACAAUCACAGCUCAAUUACAAGCUAACGAUGUUGAAACUAAUUCACAACCAACUGUUGCUGCUUCACAAAUGCUUAAUAAUCAAUUAGCACAAGUUGGUUUUCUUGGUGGUACAAUUGCACCAACGACUGUUGCAGCUGCACUUUCUGCUGCCUCUUAUGGUGGUGCAUCAGCUGUUACAUCUAUGAUUUCUACUAUGCUCAAUCCAACUAAUGUGAUGUCAAAUGUUAUACCUCAACCAUCAAUAAUUGGUGCACCUGGAAUUCUUUCAAAUUUUGCUACACCGACACCUGUUGCUAAUCUUCCUACUUCUCCACCGGUACAACAUGUACCGUUGCCACCUCCUCAAAUGAUUAUUCCACCACCACCUACUCUAUUAGAAGAACCACCAAUUCCUGUUGGAUUACAAGUUGAUUUACAGUCACAACAACAACAGCAACCAGAACAACAGCAAUAUCCAUCAAUUUCACUUGUUCUGCCGCCAACUCCAUCAGCCAGUAAAGCUGAAAUUGCUGAGAGUAAAAAGAAAGCUUUGGAAUUGAAAAAUGCUGAAGAUAAUUUAUCAACUUUAUCUCAACAAGAAGAACUUAGUGUUAAAGGUCGUGAACAAAGACAUUUAUUAAUGCAAAAAUUAAAUCAACGUCGACUUGAUUCACGUGUAUGUGUAUUAAAAAAUAUGGUUGGUCCAGAAGAAGUUGAUGAUAGUUUACAACAAGAAAUAACAGAUGAAUGUUCGAAAUAUGGUGAAGUUAAUAAAGUUGUUAUUUAUACUGAAAAACAAGGAGAAGAAGAUAGUGCAGAACAGAUUGUAAAAAUUUUUGUAGAAUUUCGAAAUAGUAAAGAAGCAGAAAAAACAGCUGAAUCACUUAAUGGUCGAUGGUUUGGUGGUCGUAUGAUAAAAGCUGAAUUAUAUGAUCAAGCAACGUAUCAAGCUGAAGAUUUAUCUGGUUGA